AGAAUGAUGAUUUGAACCAAUCAUAAUUAUUGUUACUAUCUGUCUGGGUGAGUUUCAGAGCUGUCAGUCUGAGUGUUGUGUAUAGAACUAUAUAGAGUGAGAAGCAACUCUAUACAAGAAUUAGGUUUAAUCUAUACCCCUUUUUGAGGCUGAGCCGUCACCAUUAUGAGUUGGUACUUGGUAUAUGAAUUUGCUCACCAAUCCUCCCCCUUGAGUCAACACACACUUUGUGAAUCUGCUGUGUAUUAAUUGGAGAGUGGCUGCUACUGAUUAUAUUGAUCGUAUAUGCAAGCCUUGAGUAAGCUAGUGACGUUACAGAGACAUAGGAAGCAAGUCACUGCCUGAAAUGAGUGACAACCUUGCUGAACAACUCUACUGGGCUAGCAGUGAUGGACGUGACCAAGAAGUGCUUGAACUGCUACAGAAAGGAGCUCCACCCAACAACAGUCACUACUACAGCGAGCAGGGUGGAGGCACUCCACUCCACAGGGCAUGUGCUAAUAACCAUAUUCGCAGUGCAGACCUACUCAUCAAGUUUGGAGCCAUUGUAGCUGCUAAAAAUAACGAUGGCUACAUCCCCUUACACUGGGCAUGUGUCUACAACAGUAUGGACACUGCUAGGCUGUUGCUGGAGCACCACUGUCCCACAGAUAUCAAGGACAUUAUUGAACGGACUGCUGCUGAUUUGGCCAGAGAGUAUGGGUACGAUGCCUUGGCUGACUAUGUGGAGGGGUUCCAGCCUGGGCCUAGAGAUCCCCUGUCCUCGUACCCAACACUGGAACAGCUGAGUCAGCUGAAAUGUGAAUGUGACCAAUGGCUUCUACUUGGUGUUUGCUUGGGAUUGGUCAAUGAUGAAUUGGAAACCAUAAAGAAGAGCCAACAUCCCACAGCAGAAACUCUCAAGGAAGCCAAAAUCAAGAAUAUUGGCAUCCAGUGGAAGGAUAUUGUGGAAGCUCUAGUGAGCAUUGGGGAAGGUAAGAGUGCUCUAUCAGUGAGUGCAUUCUGUGGCUGGCUGGACUGUGUCAAGCAUUUUGUGAAAACUGUGGGCCUCGAUCCAAAAGAGCCAGUCAACAAGGCUGGUGACACCCCACUCUCUCUGGCCUCUGCCAAUGGCCACUUGGACACAGUCAAGUACCUUGCGAACGAGCAUCAUUGUGACCCUAGAAAGCCAGUCAACAAGGCUGGUGACACUCCACUCUCUCUGGCCUGUGCCAAUGGCCACUUGGACACAGUCAAGUACCUUGUGAACGAGCAUCAUUGUGUUCCUAGAAGUACAGUCAACAAAGCUGGUGACACCCCACUCUCUCUGGCCUACAAAGGUGGACACUGGGAAGUGGUCAAGUAUCUUGCUCAAGAACAUCAGUGUGACCCAAAAUUUGCAGUGAAUGAGGCUGGAGACACUCCUCUUUCUCUUGAAUGCUCCCGUGGUGACCUGGAGAUGGUCAAGGCUCUCAUCAACAAGCAUGUUGAUACAAAUAAACCAGUCAACAAGGCUGAUGACACCCCACUCUCUCUGGCCUGUGCCAAUGGCCACUUGGACACAGUCAAGUACCUUGUGAACGAGCAUCAUUGUGAUCCUAGAAAGCCAGUCAACAAGGCUGGUGACACCCCACUCUCUCUGGCCUGUGCCAAUGGCCACUUGGACACAGUCAAGUACCUUGUGAACGAGCAUCAUUGUGUUCCUAGAAGUACAGUCAACAAAGCUGGUGACACCCCACUCUCUCUGGCCUACAAAGGUGGACACUGGGAAGUGGUCAAGUAUCUUGCUCAAGAACAUCAGUGUGACCCAAAAUUUGCAGUGAAUGAGGCUGGAGACACUCCUCUUUCUCUUGAAUGCUCCCGUGGUGACCUGGAGAUGGUCAAGGCUCUCAUCAACAAGCAUGUUGAUACAAAUAAACCAGUCAACAAGGCUGAUGACACCCCACUCUCUCUGGCCUGUGCCAAUGGCCACUUGGACACAGUCAAGUACCUUGUGAAUGAGCAUCAUUGUGAUCCUAGUAAGCCAGUCAACAAGGCUGGUGACACCCCACUCUCUCUGGCCUGUGCCAAUGGCCACUUGGACACAGUCAAGUACCUUGUGAACGAGCAUCAUUGUGAUCCUAGAAAGCCAGUCAACAAGGCUGGUGACACCCCACUCUCUCUGGCCUGUGCCAAUGGCCACUUGGACACAGUCAAGUACCUUGUGAACAAGCAUCAUUGUGUUCCUAGAAGUACAGUCAACAAGGCUGGUGACACCCCAUUCUCUCUGGCCUACAAAGGUGGACACUGGGAAGUGGUCAAGUAUCUUGCUCAAGAACAUCAGUGUGACCCAAAAUUUGCAGUGAAUGAGGCUGGAGACACUCCUCUUUCCCUUGAAUGUUCCCGUGGUGACCUAGAGAUGGUCAAGGCUCUCAUCAACAUGCGUGUUGAUCCAAAUAAACCAGUCAACAAGGCUGGUGACACUUCACUCUCUCUGGCCUACCAAGGUGGACACUGGGAAGUGGUCAAGUAUCUCGCCAUCACUCAUCAUUGUGAUACAACAAUUGCAGUGAAUGAGGCUGGAGACACUCCUCUCUCCCUGGAGUGUUCCCGUGGUGACCUGGAGAUGGUCAAGGCUCUCAUGAACAAGCGUGUUGAUCCAAAUAAGCCAGUCAACAAGGCUGGUGACACCCCUCUCUCUCUGACCUGUACUAAUGGCCACUUGAACACAGUCAAGUACCUUGUGAACGAGCAUCAUUGUGAUAUUAGAAGUACAGUCAACAAGGCUGGUGACACCCCACUCUCUCUGACCUGUACUAAUGGCCACUUGAACACAGUCAAGUACCUUGUGAACGAGCAUCAUUGUGAUAUUAGAAGUACAGUCAACAAGGCUGGUGACACCCCACUCUCUCUGGCCUACAAAGGUGGACACUGGGAAGUGGCCAAGUAUCUCGUCAUCAUUCAUCAUUGUGAUACAAAAUCUGCAGUGAAUGAGGCUGGAGACACUCCUCUCUCCCUUGAGUGUUCACGUGGUGACCUGGAGAUGGUCAAGGCUCUCAUGAACAAGGAUGUUGAUCCAAAUAGUACCAACAAGGCUGGUGAUACCCCACUUUCUCUGGCCUACAAAGGUGGACACUGGGAAGUGGCCAAGUAUCUCGUCAUCACUCAUCAUUGUGAUACAAAAUUUGCAGUGAAUAAGGCUGGCGACACUCCUCUCUCCCUUGAGUGUUCCCGUGGUGAUCUGGAGAUGGUCAAGGCUCUCAUCAACAAACAUGUUGAUCCAAACGAGCCUGUUAACAAGGCUGGUGAUACCCCACUAUCUCUGGCCUACAAAGGUAGACACUGGGAAGUGGUCAAAUAUCUCGCUAUCACUCAUCACUGUGAUCCAAAAAUUGCAGUGAAUGAGGCUGGAGAUACUCCUCUCUCCCUUGAGUGUUCCCGUGGUGACCUGAAGAUGGUCAAGGCUCUCAUGAACAAGGAUGUUGAUCCAAAUAAGCCUGUUAACAAGGCUGGUGACACCCCACUCUCUCUAGCAUAUAAAGGUGGACACUGGAAAUUGGCCAAGUAUUUCGUCAUCACUCAUCACUGUGGUAUAAAAAUUGCAGUGAAUAAGGCUGGAGACACUCCUCUCUCCCUUGAGUGUUCCCGUGGUGACCUGAAGAUGGUCAAGGCUCUUAUCAAAAACAUACACAUUGAUCCAAAUGAGCCUGUUAACAAGGCUGGUGACACCCCACUCUCUCUGGCAUAUAAAGGUAGACACUGGAAACUGGUCAAGUAUCUCGUCAUUACUCAUCACUGUCAUACAAAAAUUGCAGUGAAUGAGGCUGGAGACACUCCUCUCUCCCUUGAGUGUUCCCGUGGUGACCUGGAGAUGGUCAAGGCUCUCAUCAACAAGGAUGUUGAUCCAAAUAAGCCAGUCAACAAAGCUGGUGACACCCCUCUCUCUCUGGCAUAUAACGGCAGACACUGGGAAGUGGCCAAGUAUCUCGUCAUCACUCAUCACUGUGAUACAGAAUUUGCAGUGAAUGAGGCUGGAGACACUCCACUCUCCCUUGAGUUUUCCCGUGGUGACCUGGAGAUGGUCAAGGCUCUCAUGAACAAGGAUGUUGAUCCAAAUAAGCCAGUCAACAAGGCUGGUGACACCCCACUCUUUCUGGCCUUCAGAGGUAGACACUGGGAAGUAGUCAAGUAUCUCGCUAUCAUCCAUCACUGUGAUACAAAAAGUUUCCUCUUACUAGCAGUGAAGUACGGGCCUGCUUCAAGAGUGGAGUUUCUACUGGCAGAAUGCCACAGUGAUCCGAAUGUGAUUGACAAAGAAGGCAAGACACCUCUCGAUUUGUCCAACGACCCUAAUAUCAUAAAGCUCCUCUUGAAACAUGGAGCCAAGGUCGCCAAUGUCUACAAGGAACACAGCAAGCUCAUUGGAAAGCUCUCCUCCGAGCGACCCCCACACCUUCCUUUGUUUGUGCUCCUCACUGGUGACGGUGGCGUGGGGAAGAGCACUCUGUUGAAGUCCAUUCUGACCCCAAAAGGGUUUUGGUCUAAACUACUACAGAAGGCAAGACCUGUAGAUGGCGUCGAUACAAGGACAGUGGGGAUUAUACCGUACGAAGUAUACACAAAAGAGUUUGGGAGAAUCAUUUAUUUUGAUUUUGCUGGUCAGAAAGAGUUUUACACGAGCCACUGUGCCAUUCUUGAGAAUGCUGUUCAAACCUCACCACCCAUCAUUAUUCUAUGUGCCAAGCUUGUAGAAAGUGAGCAGGCAAUUAUUGAUUCCAUGAUUCAUUGGUUGACCCUCGUCCAAAAUCAGUGCACCAAUCUGAAAGACAAAGCACACGUGAUAGUAGUUGGUAGCCAUGCCGACCAGGUGAAGGAAAUGGGAGAAGAUCCACGAGCCAAAGAGAGCAUUUUUGCCCCCAUUAUCAAGCAAUUCCCUAAGUUUGAGUUCACAGAGUUCAUUCCAAUGGAUUGCCGCUUUGCUGAUUCAGUUGAUAUGAAAAAAGCGAAAAGACAGAUCCAGAAAAGCUCCGCUAUUCUCCGCUCUCCAGAAACUAUCAGCCUGAAUGCUCAUACCUUUUAUAUUUACCUUGUCGAAAGCUUCAAAGACGACCUCGCUUUGUUGUUGGGAAAAGUACACGAAAAAAUUAAGAGCGACCUUAACGAGGAUCUGUCAAAACGCACCCAAGAUAUUCUUUCUUUUAUACCCAGCACCAUCUCUCACCUUGUAGAGAUUUGUGACCAACUGCAUAAAAGAGGUCUCCUCUUGUUUCUCCGUAAUGACAGCUCUCCAGAGAAGUCUUUCUUAGUGAUUGACCAAGCAACACUUCUUUCCACAGUCACUGGGACCGUGUUUGCUCCUGAAAGUUUCCGCCAACACUGCAAGCUAGCUUCAAGCACUGGUGUGGUGCCUUUGUCGAAAUUUAGCAAAGCAUUUAAUGGCUUCGACAUAGAGAUGUUGAUUGCCUUCAUGUCCCAUUUAGAGCUGUGUUUUGAAAUCAUAGACAAGAAAGUCUUGGAUUUCAUUUCGAAAGAGAUUGCUUCUUCCACUGACAGAGAUGCUUCUGUUUCUGAGUCUGACACUCGAUACCUCUUCUUUCCAGGGCUCAUUCGAAUCGAGACUCCAGAUCAAGUUUGGAAACACGCUCAAAGUAUCAAGUACCACUUUGGUUGGAUAUUUGAAACAUCUCAAGACACAGAGUUUUAUGAUCCUCGUUGCCUUCAAGUCCUCAUUCUGAGGAUAGUGUUCACGUUCCGACUUGCCCCUGCUAGAAAAAUAUUGCUCAAUAUUCCUUCCCUGCAGAGAUUCUGCUCUGUGUGGAAGAGUGGAAUUUGCUGGUGCAACGAUGAUGGGAUCACCGCACACCUCGAGCUUGCUGAAAAUGGUCGAUCUCUUGUUAUCAAAAUGCGCUCUGACACAGUUCGACCUGAAGGUCUGAUUCAUCGCUCCAGAAUUGUGAGCACAAUCCGUGAAACUGUUGAAAGUUUUGGGCGAAAUGUGAAUGUGAUUGAAUCGAUAAUUGAUCCAAAUGAAGUUGUCAAGCAUCCUCUGAAAAAUUCCUCUGACCUCCCAUUAGUCGACAUCAAAGAUAUUGCAGCAGCUGUCUCCUCCAACAAAAGCACUAUCAAGUCGACACAACAAGUUGGCCUCACCUUCGAGCACCUCUUUCAGUUUGAGCCGUAUGCUGGCCUGGAUCAAGCCACCAUACAGUGUAUCCACAGUAACAAGAAUGUUAAAAAAAAUGAGAAAAUCUCCAGAGCUUUUAUUUCCCAUUUUGCCGAACUAGUUGCCAAUUCAGACAAUGAAACUCCUGAUCAAGUAGCUCGAAACAGUCGCAUGUACAGAAGAAUCCUAAGCCAAUUUCAAGCUUUAGUUGUCAACAUUCAGUCGGUUAGUCCCAGACAGGAGGUGGUCCAGGCCCUUGAGAGGUGGAGGAGUGAGACUGAGGGAACUUACAGCUGUCUGAGGGACACUCUCAACAAGUACAGCGUCUUCACUGGGAGAAACCCUCUGGACCUAGCUGGUGUGGCUCAUGAUGAUAUUGAUCUCUCUGUAUUUAGAAGCAGUGCAAGUCGUGAUGAGCAAUAUGAUCCAGGGACUACCAGCCUCCAUGAGUUGAUGGUCAAGCAUAGAGUCACUGACGAGCAAUUGGAUCGAGAGAUUAAACAAGACGACUUUGCUCCAGUAGCUAUGCACUUUGAUGAUGUGGAGCUGUACCUCAACCCACUGAAGUUGACUGACAAUGAACAAGCUGACGUGAGGCGAGAGACUUAUUUAAGUAGAAGCAAUCAAGUGGCAGUAAUCAACUGUUUGUCAAUUUGGAGGGGUCACGAACCCAGCGAAGCAACCUUCCGAGCACUGAUUAGGAUCUUAUUGGAUCUGAGGAAGGCAGAAAUUGCUACCAAGAUUGUUCAGUACUUGAAUGAAAUAAAGGCCCAGUGAUUUAUGAUCAUGAGUGCUGAACACGAGGUUGACUGCAUGACUGACUAAAACUAUAGAGCAAUGUGUAAGACAUAUAGGACUCCUGUACACAAAUGACAUUUUUGCAUUUUAUAUUAUUAGCUAUAAUUAUUAUUAUAUAUAGUUACAAUUUUGGUAUGUGCUUUUUAUGAAUGAAUUUUAUCAACCCUG